AUGCUUGUAAUAUCCCCCAGAGAGGACGAUGAAACUGAUGCCAUAGAAAUUCACUGCUGGAGAUUACGAUACGAUGCUGAUGGUGAUCCACUAGCGGAAUUGAGACAAGCCGAUGGCACAGUAAUGGCUGCGCUCCGUUUCAAAGGAAUGCACUGCUUGAAGAAGCAGGUAGCUGAACUACUGCAAACGAUCAGAACAUUGUGCAAAGGAACACUAGGAGCAUUGCCACCUGAGGCCUCAGCAACAUUAAGAAUCACCUAUACAGAUCGAACACCGAAGGGCUAUCAGGCACCUGGUUUCUACCGUGCUCCCGAUGAUCCCGUUUUGAGGUCAGAUGCGCAGGAAAUCGAAAUCGGAGCCAUGCAAACAAAAUAUCACGGGUACGCAUCGGUCGUUGUACAAAGCGUGUUCAUUGACGACGCUUACGCUGUAGGGCUGAGACUCAAGGAUGGCGUUCAAUAUGGUCACUUGAACGACUCGCUGAAUGAUUCUUUUGGUGAAGAUGCGGAAGCUGGAGAUGAACCUAAUUUCUCUGAUAAUAACAAUAACAACACGAUUGAGCGUAUUGAGGGAGAUCGUGGAUCGCCAGCAAGUAAUUUAUCAACCGACAUAACAUCCGCCGAUGAUAUGCCUGUAAGGCGCACUCGUCAUGUGAGAGGAAAUAGAGUUCUGCGUGGCCAAACAAAUAAUGGGAAACAAAAAUCUCCGGUUCUUGUUUCAGUAUGGCAUUUGGUAUUCGAUCCAUUGUAG